CUGUCGGAUAAUCACUCCCUGCAGGAAUUAGACGUGGAGUGAACGUUACAGGUGGAGCAGGGAAAGAAAGAGCGGAGCUGGAUUCAAGACGGGAAAGACAUCGGCACUCUGAGCGGUUUAAUAUUAAAACUAACUACUGAAGUGGGCUGCCGUGAAAAUGAUCUCCUCCAGCAUCCCUCACCACUAGCUGAGCAGUAUGGCUUCUGCUCCUCCUUCCAGAGAGGACACCAGCAGCUCGUUAGCACUGCGCUGGAGGCUAACACCGACAUAGAUUUCCAGCAAGUAGCUGCGCUCGACGUUCCCGGUUAAACAUCUGAACGAUUCACCUUUAGAGGGUCUCUGUAAGCAAAUAUGAUGACUUAUGCCAGAGUGGCACAUGUCCAGGACCGUGACAUCACCACAGUUUAACAACAUCUGGACUGACACUGUGGACCAUGAUCUUUCUCUGAUUUCGUGCUUUGGUGGCGGAGCUGGAUCUUGCAGCUCUUCCACACUUAGACAAACCCGGACUCUGAGCCAUGUCUCUUCUUUUAGCUCUGAGCAUCAUCUGUGGAUUGAUGCUCCAUGUUUGUUUUAGUGCCGUCAAUACUGACUAUUGUGUGCCACGAAAGACCGUGCCCUACCAGAAUGAACUGAAGUUGUUCAGGGAAGAGGGGAUCUACAAUUACUCCACGAUGCUGAUGAGAGAAGACCUGGGUGUGAUGCUGCUGGGGGCAAGAGAGGCCAUCUAUGCUUUGAAUAUGAGCGACAUCUCAGUUAAAAAUGCUACGGUGUAUUGGCGGGUGACUGAGGAUAAGCAGAGGGACUGCACGUACAAGGGAAAAAAUGCAGAGGUGGAAUGCCGCAACUACAUUCGAACCCUGCACAGAGUGAAUGACUCUACAAUUUAUGUGUGUGGUACAAAUGCGUUUAGCCCGACCUGUGAUUAUCUGACGUUUGCUAAAGGACAGCUGACGCUGCAGGGAAAGCCGGAGGAGGGGAAGGGCAAGUGUCCUUUCGAUCCCUUUCAGAGAUACUCCUCCCUCAUGGUUGGAAACGAUUUGUAUUCUGCCACAUCCAUCAACUUCUUGGGCUCUGAGCCUGUUGUUCUGCGCAGCUCAAACUUGGCUCUUCGUACCGAGUUUAAAAGCUCCUGGCUCAAUGAGCCAAACUUUGUCUACAUGGAUUUUGUGGAUGAGAGCUUUGAUAGUCCCGAUGGUGACGACGACAAGGUGUACUUGUUCUUCAGUGAAAAUGCCAUAGAGUACGACUUCUACAGAAAGGUUUCAGUGUCACGAGUGGCCCGUGUCUGCAAGGGGGAUAUGGGCGGCCAGCGGACACUGCAGAGGAAAUGGACGUCGUUCCUGAAAGCUCGCCUGGAUUGUUCCCUGUCUGAACCCAGCCUGCCCUCCAUUGUCCAGGAUGUCUUCCUUCUCAGACACAAGGACUGGAGGAAGAGUGUCUUCUAUGCUGUCUUCACUCCACAGUCGAGCUUAUCCCAGAAGUCGGCUGUUUGUGCAUACAGCGUAUCUGCUAUUAGAGAUAUUUUCAAUGAGGGAAAAUUUAAAACCCCUGUUGCUGUGGAGACGUCUCAUAUUAAAUGGGUGAUGUACACCGGUGAGGUGCCGGUCCCCAGACCAGGAGCGUGCAUCAAUAACAUGGUGCGUAAAAUGGGGAUGAAUCGCUCUCUGGACCUUCCAGACAAAACGCUCCAGUUCAUCAGGGAUCGUCCUCUAAUGGAUGAAGCAAUUCGGCCACUGACAGGAGGCCCGCUGCUGAUCACGAAGGGAGCUCUGCUGACUCGGAUUGUAGUGGACAGCGUGCAGGGCCUGGACGGAGAGAAAUAUAACGUCAUGUUUAUUGGCACAGGAAACGGUUAUGUUCAGAAGGCUGUGAACUAUGACGGAGAGAUGUUCAUCAUCGAGGAGGUUCAGCUGUAUGAAAACCAUGAGCCCAUCUCUAUCUUGCGCCUCUCAUCCACUGAGGGUCAAGUGUAUGCUGGUUCAACUUCUGGUGCAGUCCAGAUGCCGGUCAGUAACUGCAGCCGCUAUGAGACUUGUGUGGACUGCAUCCUUGCAAGAGAUCCGUACUGCGCCUGGGAUUUAUCCACCAAGCAGUGCUCCUCCGUCAACACUUUGUCCCCCUCCCCACAUACAAUACAGAGUCUCAAGAAGGGAGAUGUGUCACAGUGUCCUCCACUAGAUCCAGUGACAGCUGUCAAAUUAGUCCUCAUUCCAGAGAACAAUAUCCAGCUGUCGUGCCAACUUCACUCUAACUUGGCUGUGGCCGACUGGCGAUUCGGUAACCACACACUUCACUCCAACAACAAAUACUACAUCUACAGUGGCGGUCUCCUCAUCCUGAGAGCUUCUGAAACAGACGCUGGCCAGUAUAUCUGCGACUCAGUAGAGGAGAUAAACGGACAAAAAUACAACCAGACUGUGGCGGUUUAUCAUUUACAGCUCUACUCUGACCCGACAACGGGGAUCAUCCCCACCUUUGGCACAGAGGUGCCAAGUACCACAGAAGCUAUUCACAAAACAAUACAUUUGACACCAGAUCCAGUGCCAAGCCAUAACAUUGACAAACCGUCGUCUCCUGAGAGUCAAAACGACAGUGGCAGGAUAACUCAUCUACAGGUGGCUGUGGCCAUGCUGUCCCUGAUUUGCCUCUCUCUGAUGGGAGUCAUAUUUAUGAUCUGGAGCCGUGGGCACUGGGAGUGCUUAAAGUUUGUACAGCGGCCCAGUGAAAGCGAGACGAGAAGGCAGUCAACCGAGUACAGGCAGAUCCUGAACAGAACUUCAGAGGUAAAGCUCCUGGGGCCUGAAUCCGGGAGACCUUGCAGUGCCAAUAAUAAUCACCCUGCUGUUGACUUCAAAGGGAAUGGGGAGCAUCACUUCCCACCUAUGGCCAACAUUUCAAGUCUAGACGGUCUGGGAUACAUAAAUGAUGAGUCAGAGAUUUGACUCUGCUGAGGUGUAGAAUUCAGUCUGAGGCAGGACUCGUGCACUAAUUAUCUUCUUAUAGGUGUACUUCCACUGAGAUUCGGUUCCUAUAAAGGUUUUCGCAUUAUAAAUUCUUUUGAUUGGUGUCCUGUUUCCUACACUGACUAUCAUUUCCAUAUUCUUACCAGGCAGCUCAUGUCCUCUAAAAAGAUAUUUAACUGGUGGUUAAUGUUUUUAUAUGUAUUUUUUUUUUUGUAUAAUGAUAAAUUGUGAAUAAGCUUUGUGCAAUAGAUUGUGUACAGCCAACACCUUUUCUUUUUGGACUAUUUAUUUGUAAAUAUAGUAUAAAAAACACUGGACAUGUAGCAUUUUGAUCAUAUUUUCAAUGAUUUUUAAUGAUUGAUUAGUUGUCUGUAUCACUAUUUUAUUUCCUGGUGGCCGUAAAAAACAUCUUCUACAUACAUACCUCUAUUUUUAAGCAUAACCCCCACUAAUAUAACAGUUGGACCUCUGUCUUCAAUAAGAAAAAAAAAAGAAUUUUUAUAUUUAGGGUGAACUGGGGUAAUUCUUUUCUUUUUUUUGGGUGUGUAGCUACAUUUCUGAUUCCAAGCAUACUGUACACUUAAUAAGAAACAGACAAAAAUGUCAUUGUAAUGUCAAGGGUGGGGGUGUACAUUUCUGUCAGUGAAACAACUCAGAGGUGCAGCGUAUCCAAGAGUUUCGGUGUCAAACUUUGAAACAUGCUGCCUUGCUCAUGAAAGGAACUUUGAGAGUCUUGUCAUGCACUUAUGAAUCAGUAAGUCAGUAAUGUCUCACACAGUCGGGAAAUGUAUUUGAAGGCAACGCACAAAGCCACUGCUUCCAAUAUUAAUGUUUCCAAAGGUUUCAUAUGGUUUGUAGGGGAGGAAAACAUCAUCAUUAACACCACAUGCUCAGUUUGUAAUUAUUACAGUUUGUUUUGGACAAAAAGUCAAUUGCAGUGAAGCCCCCCGAAUCUUCUCUGUGGUUUUCAGUUUUGGUCAUUAGCGCCAUUGCGCAGAGACUUUUAUGUUUCAUCAAGUUCUGUACAACUGUCUGUAUGAGAGUUGAAAUGGGUCUCUGCUGAAUUAUUAAACAGCAGAAUUGUAUAUGGAUGUACAAUAUCAGUAGUACAAAGUAAUCAUUCAAACGUUACCUGUGCAUUUGAAUAUUUUUUUUAUUUUUAAAAAAGGGUACAAUUUGUGUGUGUGUGGUUUUUUUUUUAAAAAAGCACUAAAAAAUCAUCCCAGCUAUAACACUGCCAACUACUGUUAUACAUUUUAUAACAAUAAAGCUACAAGACUUAAA